CACUUAUUAUCUGGUGACCUGAUGCCAGGUGCCCCCUCAAUUCUAUGGCUUGCAUCAUGGUAGAAUGCCCUUGCCCCUUGAAAUGGAAGAGGAGCCUGUUUAUGUAAAUGCCAAGCAAUACCAUGGUAUUUUGAGACGAAGACAGUCACGUGCUAAAGCUGAGCUUGAAAGGAAGCUUAUAAAAGUUAGGAAGCCAUAUCUUCAUGAGUCUCGUCACCAGCAUGCGUUGAGGAGAGCAAGGGGUUGUGGAGGCCGUUUCCUUAAUACGAAGAAGCAAGAUGAUAGUGAUGCAAAUUCCUCAUCAGAAAAAACCAUUAAUUUGGAUGCAAAUUUUUCACCCAAAUCUGCCAAAUCUGGUUUUGAGUGCUUUCCUAAUGAUAGCAAUGGCAAUUUCGUUUCCUCCAAUGUCCAGCAAGAAGGAUCAGGUUCAUGGUUCAGGACACUCAAUAACCACACACUCUCCAACGGUAAUGGCAGUGGCCAUGUCCCGUCAUCAUUAACGUAUCGUACAACAUUUAAUGACGGCAAGGAAGGUGUUUUCCUUGGUCAACAGAAGGAAACAAUUCAGUUGAAUGGAUCCUCUCGUGGGGCCAUUCACAGUAAAUGACAAAAUUCCCCUAUGAGGUGUUGCUGAAGGUGUGCAGUCUCCAGCUUGGAAAAACCCUUCUUGUGCAAUGUCUGUCAGGCAAUUCAUUCUUGGCUUCAGUUACUUUGUAAUUAUUGGGACGAUACCACAGGAGAUAGGUGAUGGAUUCCAUGCUGUCUUCAGUCAUGAACCACUUCCACUCACCCCCUGUUGUUGACGCAGUAAAGCAAGGAACUGUUUGGAACUUUAGAAAAUAGUUGUGGGAACGUAGAAUUGAAACAGUGUUGUUUUCCUAUUUUGUAAGUGUGUUAAGACUUUCUGUAGAGGCAAAGAGAGCUUAUUGUAUCUACUUAAUAGAGUUUCUCUACACUCCCUCCCAUAUUUUGGAGUUUAUUGCAUCCAUGUACUGGUCUAUAGAUUGUGACUGAUGCACCUGCUACUUCCCAUUGUGGAAGGGAGUUUGCUUUAGAAUGGAAUCUUUAAAGGUUUUGUGGGAAAUUGUAAUGGGUGUUUAUUUCACUUGGCAUAAAGUGCUGAGUAUACACUAUCUCAGCUUGAUUUUAAGGUCAAAAUUUCAGGAACCCUAUUUUGGCCUUGAAGGUUUGAAUAAAAUUGUUAGGUGUGUUGUUUUGUA